CUUAAAUCAGAUCUUAUACAGCCAACCAAUACCAGAAGCUCUUCGCUCUUCGACAUCAACAUCAACAUCACUAUCGCCUCCAACCUCCAACGACAAUGGCUCAGUGUCUGAGCGUCUCUAAUGAGCCUCGAAGCUUCGUCUCGAACAUUAUCUGUGCCAUGGAUCCACGACGCACCUUUGCCCAGGGUCAAUUUGUCUGCUACAUUGAUCCCACCCACAACGCCACAUGGGUGAAAUUUUAUCCUGCAAUCGGUCGUUUAGAUGCGCAAGCUAUAAAGAUGUGGGUUUUCGACUGCAUAUUAUACGCCUUCAACGCGCGUAACGGUGGGUACCCCCUCUCGCAACUUCGCCUUCUCGAUUGCGAGAUACGUGGAAGCUCCUUCUCAUUUCUCGUCAAUCCUGAGCUCUGGCAAGUUCGUCUGAAGAAUGUCCACAUCUUUGAAGGUGAGAUCUCGGAUCCCUUCGGCACCUCUUUCACGCCUAAGGCUCCGGCAUUCUGGGAGAUUGUCUUGCCUGUCUUGCUCCUUGCUGGACUUCGUGAUUGCCACCUUCGAGGUCUCAAGGAUGACUCCACUGCUCAGAGACCCGACCACUGGGGCGAGGUUGUCUACACCUCCAACGACGCUCAAGAGAUCCCUCGCGUUCUGUUUGCCCUCGCCAACGGUCUGCGCCCGAUCGCGGCUCCUGCUCCUGCUCCUGCUCCUGGCCUUGCAAGUGGUGGUCCGGGUUCCGCCAAUCCAGACGCUAGUCAGGCUGCUGCUGCCGUCGGUGCUGGUCAAGUUCCCGCUAUCGGCGCUGGUCAAGCUCUCGCUACUGGUACUGUUCAGAGUCAUGUCAACACAGGCACUGCUGCUGGUCAGGGUCCCGCUGCUCCUGUACUUCAAGGUGUCCCUGGUUCUGCCGUUCUCGGAGUUCGCGCUCGAGAUACCCGUCCUCCUACUGGCUACACACAACCUACCCUCACCCCCAGACGCACUUGUGAGCAGUGCAAGCGCAACAGAAAGCACUGUGACCUCGCCUUCCCUGAAUGCGGCCAGUGUGUCGCUCAUGACUAUGACUGCUACUACCUCCGUGGCUAAGACCUGUUCGACAAAGACCCUCGGGUACCGCUAUGGUCAAAAAGAAAACAACAAAAUAGGCAAACAGGCCCCAGGGGGAGGAAAUUACUCUGCCUUUUCAUGGGCAUGCUCUACCUCGAAAUCGCUCUCCAGCGCUG